GAAAAAAAUGGCGCCGGCGAGAGUUUGAAGCUCGGAGCCGCCAAACGGAGGCAGAGGGAGAGGAGAGGCACAGAAAACGAGGGACGGCGGGACACUGCUGCCGCGCCAGAGGUUCGGUAUCCCCGUUCGUCCGUCCGUCGGGCUGUUACCGGGCCGAAUCGGGCUCCGAGCUCCAAAGGACUGAGAAGGGCGUGAUUGGAUCCGCCAGAGAAGAGGAUGUUUGAGGACUUGAUCGAAGCUUUCUGCGGUCUGGAGCCUCAGGUGUCUCCUGGGGGCGAGGGGAGCCAUAGUGGGACAUUGGCAGAGGUGGAGGGGGCAGAGUCCAGUCUGAGUGUGGGGCAGUUUGUGCUUUGCCAUUGGUCAGACGGACUGUACUACCUAGGAAAGAUACAGAGGGUGAGCCCCCCCAGACAGAGCUGCUUCGUCACAUUUGAGGACAACUCCAAGUUCUGGGUCCUCUUGAAGGACAUCCAGCAUGCUGGAGUGCCAGGGGAGGAGCCUCGCUGCUCUGUGUGUCGCAGGGCGGAGCCAGACUCUGACGGCCAGCCUAAGGUCAACAACCAAAUCCUGAUUUGUGGGAAGUGCGGCAUCGGCUUCCACCAGCUGUGUCACAUUCCUCCAGUAGAGGGCAGCAGCCUGAGCCCUUGGUUCUGCAGACGUUGCGUCUUUGCUCUGGCUGUUCGGAAAGGGGGCGCUCUGAAGAAGGGGCCGAUAGCCAAAGCUCUGUGUGCCAUGAAGCAGGUCCUGUCCUACAAGCUGGAUUCCUUGGACUGGGACUCUCAGCAUCGGACCAAUCAGCAGCAGUGUUACUGUUACUGCGGAGGCCCUGGAGAGUGGUACCUGAAGAUGCUGCAGUGUUUCAGGUGUCAGCAGUGGUUCCACGAGGCCUGUACUCAGUGUCUUCAGGAGUCCAUGAUGUUUGGAGACAGGUUCUACCUCUUCCUGUGUGCGGUGUGUAACAAGGGCUGCGAGUACAUCCGCCGUUUGCCCCUCAGGUGGGUGGAUGUGGUUCACCUGGUUCUCUACAACCUGUCAGUCAGCAGCAAGAAGAAGUACUUUGAGCUUGAUGAGAUUCUGGCCUUCGUAUCGACCAACUGGGACCACUUGCAGCUCGGAAAGCUGUCUAACACUCCUCCUGCAGACAGGGGGCAGCACCUGCUGGAUGCUCUCAAUAACUACAAGAGCAAGUUCCUAUGUGGGAAAGAAAUCAAGAAGAGGAAGUGCAUCUUUCGUUUGAGGACCCGAGUCCCGCCCAACCCCCCCUCCAAACUCUUACCCGAGCAUGCUCUGCAUGACGGGGGGCGGGGCCGGAAGACGACCUCGGUCAGUAGUUCAGCUGAAAGGAAGAGGAGAAAAUCCAAGUGGCUUCUGGAGGAUGCUAUCCCUAAUAACGAGUUGUCCUGCAGCUGGACCUCCAACCACCACAUGGCCAACAUCUUUGACUUCACUUUAGAUGAACUCCAGAGCCUGAAGAGCAGCUCCAACAGAACCGUCAGCAUCGACCAGGAUUCUACCGACGCGUCCACCUCGGGUUCUGCCACCACCAGUGCCUCCUACCGCCUCAAGAGCAGAGUGGGCAGCAAGAAGAGAAAGUUACCUAGCAACAGCUACAGCCAGUGGGCCAAUCGCAGUGAGGUGGACGAGGAGCCCGCCGAGACAGCCGAGGAGCGAGCUGCUGCUCCUGACGCUCGCCUGAACACGGAGCUGCCGCACUUUCUGUCUGACCCCGCCCACAUCGCGUCAGACUCCUCCCUCCUUCAUUCCUCCAUCUCCUCGUACUUUGGCAGACUGAGCAGUGGGGAGAGGUACCAGGUGCUGGCUCGCCGUGUCACUCCUCAGGGGAUGGUCCAGUACCUUCUGGAGUGGGAGGGAACUACACCCUUUUAGGACUUGACCCCCUCACCUCGUAGAGCCUUUGGUUCCUCCGCAUCCCCGCCAGCCCUGCUCAGCUGCCUGUCAAUCAUCUCAGGGGUGACAGGUGUAUCUGUGCCAGCAGCCUGUCUGUCUUUCUAUUGAUCCAACUGAAAGUCCGGCAAACCUGAACUUAGAGAAGUUUUGCUGCAGAAAUAUCAGGAGCUAGCACACACAAACACACACACACACCUGCAUUCCCGUGUGGCUCUCAGGCUGGUGUGGAUGAAGACGGCAUCAAAGCUGCUCUGGAACCGUGAAAACAGUAUUUAGUGGAAGCCUCCGUCAUCGUUCAGCCAAAGAAGCAGUCGGAGGCCAAGCGUGCGUCUUCCUGUUGACGGUGUUAGUGUUAUCGGGAACUGAAGUUCGGUCGUUUUCCGUUAGCGGCCUGUUAAACUGUUGCUUUUACUGUAGCUAGUGUUGCACCCCCCCUUACCCUAAGCUGUCAAACAGCAAACUGAGCCCCCCCCCCCCCCCCCCCGUUCUCCCUCCAGUUCUGGACCUCUCGGUUCAGUUCUGUCACGUUUGAACAGAGAGCCCAUUGUUUGUCUGCGGCGUCAGGGUUCAGGGUUCGGACCGGAACCCGUCUGGGUUUGGUUCGGCGGGUUCCCGCCCAGCAAGCCAGCCGGUUCCACUGUGUGACCCCCCCCCAGCCUCCUGCACUGCACACACAUCCAUUAUCUAUGCAAACACCAGAAGCUUAGCUCCAAGCUAACGCAGCCCUUUGUUCUGAAUGAGAAGUGCUAACAGUGCUAACAGUCUCUGAGACUUAAACGUUCACCGUGUCACUUUAAUGCUGCAGCUCCUCCCGCUGCCAUGGUAACCAUGCUCUUCUCCCAUUGGCCUGUUUGAAUGGUUGUUGUGAUCACAUGACUGCAUGUUUAUCUCUUGUACGAGCAGCUGACCAGCCAGCGUUUUGGAAUUAAAAAAAACAAAAAAUCUGACCUUUGA